AUGUCGAUAUCUUCGCUCAAUCAACGUUCGGAUUCGAGUCUAAGCGGAUCUCCGUUGCUGACGCUUUUCCUAGACGACGGUCUUUGUGUGUUGUACAACCCUAAAGAAGGCAAGAUUGAAAAGAUCCUUAGAGACUUUUCAGGGACUCGAUUCCUUGCAAGCUGCGGUAAUUGGUUCUUGAUGCUAGAUUCUCGAUCCAAUCUAUAUGUUACAGAUGUGUUUAGCGAGAACAGGAUCGAUCUUCCUCCAUUAGAGUCGCUCGUAUCAAAUACCUCUGCUCUGAAGCGUGUGGAAGAUAGAGAUGGUGAGUUUACGUUGGAACUAACCGAUGGCACUGUUUUCAAAGAGUUCGCGGAAGAAAUCAGGGGACGUCUAUGGGUAGACGAGAAGACGCAAGAGUUUGCUGUAGUGUGGUUCUUUGACGCCCCUGCCACUUUUUUAUGCUCUUACAAGAAAGGGAACCGUCAUUACGACUUCAUUCCGGUUGGGUUUGAAAUCCCCAAGAUGUUAACCGGCCUACGGAGUUUUGUUCUUCGGGGUUACCGUCUAUACAUUUUAACGACUCGUAGUUACGUUAGGGUCAUAGAUUUUUCUGGAGAAAAAGGUUUCGAAGAACUCACCGGGAGUGAGCCAUCAUCCCCAACGUUUUCUCCUCUUGGAUCAUACAAUUGGCACUCUAGCGUCGCUGUUACAACCGCAGGAGAGUUUUUGUUGGUCACGAACACAAUCUUUGAAAGAAGCGAGAGGACCUUCUGCAUCUACAAGAAGGAUCCUAACGCGCACCCAGAUGACUUUAUGCCCGAUCUUGUUGAGGUGGAUUCUAUUGGUGAUGAGGCCCUGCUUCUCGACUUGGGUAUCACAGUGCCUGCGAACCCUGCCCUUGGAAUCAAACCAAACACUAUCUAUUACACCCGUCAUGACCGUCUCUGUUGUGGGACGUCUCGCCACCGUCCUCAUGUCCAGCGCCCGUAUAUGGUUGACAUCUGUGUCUUCAAUCUUGCAACCAAGACCCUCGAACCCUUGCCUACUCCUCCUUCCAACAUGAAUCUCAAGGAUGCUCGAUGGAUUUUCCCUAUGUCUUGA